UAAACACAAUUUGAUCCAAUCUCAUUAAAAAGUAGUCUUUGACAAGUCUCCACUCUCCAAUUCUCCACUCAGAAGAGAAGGAAAAGAGAAGGUAGACACUGUAGCUAUGUGUAACCAAAAGCCAUCAUCAUCUACCUCCUCAUUUGUCUCUCCUAAGAAAACCCAUUUCUUUAAUCCCAACAAAACCUCAGAUCUCCUUACAGAUGAAGAAGACAACCACCACCUCCAUAGAUGGCCAACUACUUCUGAGGCAGUGGAGGAAAUCAAGGCCAUAGGGAAGAUAUCAGGGCCAACAGUUCUCACGGGUCUCCUCUUAUACUCAAGAGCCAUGAUCUCCAUGCUCUUCUUGGGUUACCUCGGAGAGCUGGAACUAGCAGGUGGGUCACUCUCCAUCGGCUUCGCGAACAUCACCGGCUACUCUGUCAUCUCCGGCCUUGCCAUGGGAAUGGAACCCAUUUGCGGCCAAGCAUAUGGUGCCAAACAAUGGAAGCUCUUAGGCUUAACCCUUCAGAGAACAGUGCUUCUCCUUUUAACCACCUCAGUCCCCAUAUCCUUUAUGUGGCUUAACAUGAAGCGCAUCCUCUUGUGGUGUGGCCAAGAUGAAGCUAUCUCAUCUGUUGCUCAUCUCUUCAUCGUCUUCUCCAUCCCUGACCUCUUCUUCCUCUCUCUCCUCCACCCUCUUCGAAUCUAUCUCAGGACUCAGAGUAUUACGUUGCCCCUCACUUACUGCUCAGCCAUCUCAGUUCUUCUUCACGUGCCUUUGAAUUUCUUACUUGUAGUACAUCUCAAGAUGGGUGUAGCAGGUGUGGCUAUAGCCAUGGUUUGGACUAAUCUCAACCUCUUCCUCCUCUUAGCUGCCUUUGUCUUCUUCUCCGGCGUGUAUAGGGACUCUUGGGUGCGGCCUAGUAUGGACUGUCUGCGAGGCUGGUCGACGCUGCUAAGCCUCGCCGUCCCCACGUGUGUCUCGGUGUGCCUAGAGUGGUGGUGGUACGAGCUCAUGAUAAUGUUGUGUGGACUGCUAAUCAAUCCUAAAGCCACCAUUGCUUCUAUGGGGAUUCUCAUCCAAACCACCUCAUUGGUUUAUGUCUUCCCUUCAGCUCUCAGCUUAGGUGUAUCCACAAGGGUAGGUAAUGAGCUUGGUGCUAACCGGCCGGGUAAGGCUCGCAUCGCCAUGAUCGUGUCGCUAGUGUGCGCGGUGGGGCUAGGCCUUGCGGCCAUGUUGUUCACCACUUUGAUGAGGUACAGGUGGGGAAGGUUCUUUACUAAUGACACUGAGAUUCUUGAGCUUACAGCAAUGGCUUUGCCCAUAGCAGGGCUGUGUGAGUUGGGGAAUUGCCCACAGACGACUGGGUGUGGGGUGUUGAGAGGGAGCGCAAGACCCACCACUGGAGCUAAUAUCAACUUGGGAUCUUUCUAUUUGGUUGGUAUGCCUGUGGCUAUCUUCAUGGGUUUUGGAGCCAAAAUGGGAUUUCCUGGGCUUUGGAUCGGGUUGCUUGCUGCUCAAGCUACAUGUGCUCUCCUCAUGUUGUAUGUGCUAGCCACCACUGAUUGGGUGGUGCAAGUAGAGAGAGCAAGGCAACUCACACAGACUUCAUUGACAUCAUCAUCAUCAUCAUCAUCUUCUUCUUCUUCUUCUAACUGCUCUUCCAUUUCAGUUUCAUCAUCAAACAAGGAAGUUAAGAAGGUGGUUAAUUUGGAGGAGAUUUUGUGUAUUAAUGAUGGGUUAAUGAGGUCAGCUUCAGUGAAGAGUCCGGAGACUGGAACAGAUCAGACAGACAGAGACACAGACACAGACACAGAGACAGAGACAGAGACAGACCCUCUCAUUUCUCCUACUAAAGUGAAAGUCAUUGUGAAUUAGUAGUUGUUUCAUCAUUUUUCAUUUAUUUUGGGGUUGGGUUGGGUUUAUUAGAGGAAUGAUUUGGAAUUGGAGAAGUAUUGAUUGGAAUUGGAUUGGACCCAACUAGUAUUGUAUUUGAAAGAGAGAGGUGGGUUUUUCUUUUCUGUUCUUUUCGUUUUUUUAAAGGAGAGAGGGUGGGGUUUCCCUCCACUACUUUUGGUUUUCAAGCUACUGUAUCUAAUGGUAAUAGUUAAUACUUACAGAGAAAGAAGAAAUUCUCCCA